UUACCAGAGUGAGGUCACCGGCCGGAUCUCUAUUCUCAUUGUGCAUUCAGAUCUCUCAUUGCAGCAAUGGCUUAUCCAGGAGCAGGAGGGGGCUACUAUCAGGCUGGGUAUGGUGGUGCGCCCGGGGGUCCUGCGUACCAGCAGCAAGAUCCAUUGUAUGGCUAUUUUGCAGCCAUUGCUGGCCAGGAUGGUCAGAUAGAGUCCGAGGAGCUGCAGAGAUGUCUCACACAGGCCGGCAUGUCAGGCGGAUAUAAACCCUUUAACUUGGAAACCUGCAGACUUAUGAUCGCCAUGUUGGAUAGGGACAUGUCGGGCAAGAUGGGAUUUAAUGAGUUUAAAGAACUGGCGAUUGUUUUAAAUGGUUGGAAGCAAAACUUCAUGUCAUUUGAUGCUGACAGGAGUGGAAGCGUCGAUGGGAUGGAGUUGCAGCGAGCCCUGGGGACUAUGGGUUACCGGCUGAGCCCGCAAGCGGUGAAUGUGGUUGUACGGAGAUACAGCACCCAUGGGCGAAUAACAUUUGACGAUUACAUUGCUUGCUGUGUGAAACUCCGCGCCAUGACAGAUACGUUCAGGAGGAGAGAUGGCGCCCAACAGGGGAUAGUGAGUUUUCAAUAUGAUGAUUUCAUAAUGAGCGUGAUGAGCGUCUGAGUGACACAUGGGGAACUGAGAAGUACUGCAUUUAGCCUGUAAACAACGCCAUAUCUUAUUAUUUUUGGAACUGAAGUGCUUGUUGAAAUGUAACGGCUUGUGUGUAUUUUGUAAUGACUUUUAUAUAUAUCAAUAAAUGCAGAAUGUACAAAGUU